AUGGACACAACUCAGUGGGCACAGGGGAAUAUUGGGCUGGUUAAACAAAUGGAAGGCUCAAAAGCUCCUAUGAUAGAGAGAAGAGCUAGGCCACAAAAAGAUCAAGCUUUGAACUGUCCAAGAAGGUAUUGGACUGAAGGUGGUUCUUUGAGAAAUGUGCCUGUAGGUGGUGGUUCAAGGAAAAACAAAAGAUCAUCACCAUCACCUUCAAUCUCACAACAACCUCCAACAAAAAAUAUUAUUAUUCCUGAUCUUUCCACUCAAUCCGCUUCACAAAACCCUAAGAUCCAUCAAGGACAAGAUCUUAACCUAGCUUAUCCACCACCGAAUACUGAAGAUAACUAUAACACCAUAUCUAAAUUCAUUGAACUUCCUUACACAACUGAUCAAGAAAAAACUCGUAAUUCAUCGUCAUCGCCGCUUUCUGCUAUGGAGCUACUCAAAACUGGGAUUGCUGCUGCUUCUUCUUCUUCAAGGGGUUUGAAUUCUUUUAUGCCUAUCUCAUUAUCUGACUCUAGUGCAAUGUAUAAUUCAACUGGUUUUUCUUUGCAAGAUUUUAAGCCUGGUCUUAAUUUUAGUUUAGAAGGAUUUGAUAAUGGUAAUUAUGGUGCUUUACAAGGGAUGAAUCAAGAGAAUCCUGGUGGUGGUGGUGGUGGUGCAAGGAUGUUGUUUCCUGUUGUGGAUGAGUUGAAUAAUAAUAAUAAUAAUAAUAUUAAUAAUAAUAAUAAUAAUAAGCAGCAACAAGUUCCAAAUAGUGGUGAGUUUGAACAACAUCAGCAGAAUAAUAGAAGCCAUGGUGAUUCAACUGGUUAUUGGAAUGGUAUGUUAGGUGGUGGAUCAUGGUAA